AUUCUAAGGGUAUUCACCGACAGGAAGAAAAGCUGUUACAACAUUCAUUCUUCCAAGGGAUCUAAAGUUCUUGUCCGAGCCUAUUUCUUUUAUGGAAAUUAUGAUGGGAAAUCAUCGCCCCCAAAUUUCGAUCUACAUUUUGAUGGGAAUCAUUGGGAUACGGUGGAGACUUCCAUUGACCAAUCUGUUUUCUACGAGGUUAUUUAUGUCACGAAGACGGAUAACAUUAGUGUAUGCGUUGCUCAGACGGUUCCAAACAUGUUUCCCUUUAUAUCGGCCAUCGAAGUUCGGAACUUGGACUAAAAAAUGUACACUGAUUUGGAUUCGAAUCGUGCUUUGAUGUUGAGGAGGGUUGCUUAUGGUACCAAAGCAAUCAUUAUGUCUAUCGAUGAUAUUUACGACAGAAUAUGGGUUCCGGCCAUCAAUGGAGCCGGUUUCACGGUGCUUAUAAGUGAUGAAAUACUCAAUGAAGUUGGUUUAGACGAUAGCCCUCCAAGUGCUGUGUUUCAAAGUGCAUUUGCCUCUGACAGCACUUCCUCAUCCAUAACAUUAGGGACUAAUCUUCCUGCAACUAAAGUUCCCAUUUACAUGAACAUGUACUUUUCGGAAGUUUCGUUACUUGAUUCAACCGAGAAAAGAUCGAUCAAGCUCCGAAUAGAUGGAACGCCUAGAUCGAAACCCUUUAUCCCAGUUUAUGCAAAAGCAGGAGAAAUGUCCCUGACAAACGUGACUGCCUCUUUCAGCGCUAAUUUCACUUUGGCGGCCGCAACUGGUUCAACACUGCCUCCUCUUAUCAAUGCCCUGGAAGUUUUUACAGUCAGCGAUGAGCUAACUGAUGGAACCAACAGUAAUGAUGUGGAAGGAUUGGUCUCACGGCUGAAUGAAUUUGAUGUACUGGGAGACUCGGGUGGCGAACCUUGUCUUCCUUCAACCUAUUCAUGGGGUUGGAUCAAUUGCACGUCUGGUCCCACACCCCGAGUAACAGCAUUGUAAGUUUAUUCAUUUUCC